ACUAUUUUUUAAUUUUGUUUCUCUUUCUAUAAGUCUAUUCUUUGCAACUGGGCAUGCCGAGGUUGUUUCUGUGGUAUUUACUUGGCCAGGACAGAUUGUGUGAUUUGAAAGAGAAAAGAGAAAUCGUGGCAAUGGCGCGUAACUGAUGGAGUUUCUGAUAUUUCUCAUGCAGAUAGGUCAGCAGGCUUAAAGCCCAGAUCCGGGGUGGCCGUGUUUAGACGCCGGGAAAAACAUCAGACGACGCCUAAAUGGUGCCUUGGCAGAGAAGAUCAUCAUCUCUUGCGGCUCUUCUCCUCUGCUGGUCAUGCAGUAGUUUAACCCAAAGACCCUUUGGUCUAGAUCCUCAACGAGUGGGUUAUAUAUCCGCAUGCGUAAACAUACCCCGUAUUUACUGCAAUGUUGCCAGGAUAACACGAUAAAUACGCUGCUUUCAUAUGCGGAGUCUACCGUGGAAUAACACCAUUCAUCCAUCUCGGAGGCUAAAUCUGAGUGAAUGUCCUGGCUUGGACCUAAUUUGAUAAGAUUGGUACCGUUGCAUUCCACUUUCAAGACUAGAAGGUGAUUAGUUUUUCGAUACUAAGAAAAAGAAGACGCAAAAAAAUGGGAAUUGAUCACGAUAGGCAUUUGCUGAUCAGUGCUAGAUAGACUCGACUACCUUAUUGAGUCAAAUAUCAUCUUAUUUCCCCCCCGCACCACGUGCUCGUGACAUGAAAAAAGAAGCUCGGGAGGAAGGUGCGGCUAGUUGCUGCUGGUGCAGGUGCAAGCGGGUGCAAGUGCGGGCAGGUCCCUUCUUGGGUUGGGCAGCCGCCGACAGAUACCUACAAUAUUGCCUACAGUCAACAAAAGCAAACAAAUCACUUCAUUAACAGUCUCUGUUUUUAAUCUCGCAACCUCUCCUUUGAUCCUUGAUCUGAUUUCUUUAGAGUUCUUUAUCGCAGGCUCUUCCUGGCGAGUUCGAGUCUCACGACCGCGACUCAUCUCGGACAUUUCAUCUCAUUUCAUUUCAUCUUCAUCUUGUCCUUCAUUUGACCUAAAACAACGCCACGCUAAAGUAGUCGGUCCGGCUCUUGUAUCAUCAGGCUUCGCUCGCUCGCUUCCUCUCGACCGUUACGAUCUCAUGCCUCCCGUAUCUGAAUUCGAUAAACUAUAAAGGCUCGACUCGACGCCCUCACGGGACCCUCUGCGACUACUGCACUUACUCCUCCAGGGUCCCACGUCGAGAUCUUAGGCCCCGCCACUCCACUUCGGUAUUCUCGUCCCACUACAGGUCGCAACUUUGCGCUGGUAUUGGAUUGGAUUAGCAUUUAUUUACCUACGCCCGACUCGACCCAAAGCAACAACAAAAACAGGCCUAGCCCGUGAUACGAAAACUUCCUCCAAAUUGUUCUUCACUCUCCUCCACUACGUCUCGAUUAACGAGAGAUCAUGAAAGGCGUCGAGCCGGAUCUUGCCCAGCGCCUUAAGAGAUUGAGACGCGUCAAUAGCUCUGUGUCUUGACCACCGACCAAGCUUUUACACCCAAUUUACUUUUUCCAGCCAUGUCUUAUCAAGCGGCUGUUACUACCGAGGCUCAGGGCGGCACAAUUCCACUGCGACAUCCCGAUACCACGACUGAUCGACCGCCUCCUCCCCCGGUGCCCUCUUCCGAUCCUCAUUUGAUCGCCGACGACCCCUCCGCACCGAAAACCUCUGCCGAUCAUGGCCUCUUCGAGAUGUCACCAGCAGAAGCACUCGCUCUGCUGAGCGCUGGCGUCGAGCUUCUUGUCAGGAUAACGGGCGAUGUACCUCCGACACCACCGCCAAAAUCUCCUACCGUGCCGCACAUGAGUGGCAUGCAAGCCGAGAAGGAGAAUAUUGUGCGAUCAUACUCUGAUAAGAAUCUGGCGAAAUUGAGGAAACAGGCUGAGCUUGAGGCUAAGAGAUUGGCUGCCAAAGAUAAGCCUGAGCCUGUGCAUGACAAUCAACCAGAGUCGGGGGAUAUUGAUGGUGUGCGACUGAAGCCUCACCCAGGUCUCAUGUCGCCGCCACCUCAAUCAGAGCCUUAUGUUGUCGUGGGAGCCGAUUCUCAGCCUGUCAAUUUGCAACACAGCGCUAUAACACGCAAAUUCUACAGCAAGAAUGAGCCUCCGAUCACUAUCAACCAAUAUCUUCAGCGACUGCACCAAUUCUGUCCCAUGAGUACCGCAGUAUACCUCGCGACAUCACUGUAUAUACACCGGUUAGCCGUUGAGGAGCGAGCUAUCCCUGUCACCCGGCGCAACGCACAUCGUUUAGUCCUGGCUGGUCUUAGAGUUGCCAUGAAAGCUCUUGAAGAUCUAUCUUAUCCCCAUGCCAAGAUGGCUAAGGUGGGUGGCGUCAGUGAAGCAGAACUGGCCAGGUUGGAGAUAAGCUUCUGUUUCCUGGUUGGAUUCGAACUAGUUGUUGGUGAGACUCGACUACGGAAACACUACGAGCGAUUGAGAGAUCGCACAUCGCAUCACGGCUUCGAUAAUGCUGAUGUUCCUAUAUUGAACCUCAAGCCUCGGCCACGCGGCGGAGUUCAGCCAGCAGCAUAGACAGCUGGCUCACCUACUUACCCUACUCACCUAUAUUUCACACAUCAUGGUUUGGGACAUUUGAGAGCACGGAAUCUGCAUGUCAUUUUGUUUUUAUUUUUGGGGCGCCGUACUUUAUGGUGUUUAGCACGAGCAUUGUACAUGGCUUUUUACCUUGCACAUAGUCUAGGCGUGGCAUUAUGGGAUGAGAGGCAUAUAUGUUGGAGUGCAUCAUGAAUUUAUAUCCAGACUUUUCAGCAUAUUCCCGUCCAUCGCUUCCAUCAUUCCCACGUGUUCUUGCGAUGUGGCU